GUGGUUGUUGGUAUGGUAAAACGAGAUGUACUGCCCCGGGGUGGUUCGAGGUAUAAAAUGCCCACUUCAAGAUGGUUACAGCAUCAGUUGUGACAACAACCUGAGCCAGUAGAUUCCAAUUCCAGGAUUGACUGUUCCAAAUCCCUCUCUCCAAACUCAAGAUGAAGGUCUUUGUUGGUAUCUUGGCCCUUGCUGCCUCUGCCUUGGCUGCCCCCCAGAACUUCCAGGCUGCCGCUGAAGCCCGCAUUAAGCAAACCCAAUUUGCCCUGUCUCAACCCAUCGUUCCCGAUGUUCCCGGACUUGACGCCCAUUUCGCCGCUGAGGCCCAAGUUUUGGCCGCUCAAGGCCGCGUUCCCGGAUCCAUCGUUCACUCUGGCCAAGAGGCUCGUGUGCUCCAAGCUCAAGCUGACCUUAUUGCUCUCCAACAAGAGCAGCAAGUGGCCUUCACUGGAUUGGUUGGACCCAGUGGUGUGAUUGGACCCUCCGGUUUGGUGGGUCCCGCCGGACCUCUGGCUCUCUAAAUCAAUUGAAGGGUGUUCCCCAUUCAAGUGCAAAUAUUCCUUCUUGUCAUCCUUUCAUCAGAGACCUUUAUCAAUAAAAAAUCAGAAACAGAAA